UUGCUUAGUGGGGGUGCCAAGUGUCAGACCCCCACCAAUCUGAUAUUGAAGUUCUAUCCUCUGGAUCUGUAGCCCAGACAGCCCCUUAAAUGAGUAACUUUGCACAAUAUAUUUGGUGGCCCCAUCAUAUACUACAUGUGUAGCAGUAUACCAUCCUAUGCUUUAACUUUCUAAAAAUGUAGAGAGUUCUUGCAGCUAUGUAUACUUGUCUCAGCGUGCAGAAACAGAGAGGACUGUCUGCAGUUGUGUGCUUGGUGUCCAAGAAUAAGCAUUUAUGGUAUGGAAUCUGGUACAUAGUAUUCAAAGCUCAUAAACAGCAGAUAUGUAUAAAGUAGAUCAGUGUAUCUCUGUAGGCACAUGUGAGGAAGCCUUGUGUGUUCCACAUUAGCAUACCGAAUGGCUGACACCCCGCUGUAUUUUUCAGACGGCUAGUAAUUGCAGCCUCUCCCUGUGUCAGGCACACCCAGGUUGUGCUCUCCCGCUCUGGAAUCAGAGCUUCUCACAGAUAUCUGUCAACAAAAAAAGAUUUUGUUACCGGCGUUCACAGCAAGUACACUAACAGGUCUAAAUGGCUGACUUCUCUCGUCCUUCUAUUUCCUAUGAUUUGCCUCUCUGGCGUCCAGACUCAGUAAAUAGUGAACGUAAGUUGUUCCUGGGCUCUCCUUCAUCAGAAACCUACUCAACAGAGUCCUACACCAAAAAUGUGUCCUAUUCUCAAAGCAUCGAAGAGACCUUUAAAACCACAGUGAAAGUGACAUCUGAGACCAAACCUUCACUCAACCUGGAGGAUGGAGAGGAGAAGCUUAACACAGAGCUGUCCGCCUUCCAAGACAAGAUUAGAUACCUGGAGAAACAGCGUGAGGUUUUGCAGGAGCGUUGGUCAAUGCUACAAGUAGAAGACAACUCUGAAAAAGAUCUGGAACCCAUUUAUAUGUCUUAUAUAAGUCGCCUCCUUGGACAAGUCAACGGUGUAACCAAGAGAAACAACCAAACUCAGAAGGACAUGCUGCAAUUUAUGGAUUCUGUCAAUGACGUUAAAGACAAGUUUGAAGAGCAGUUGUGUGUACGUAAUGACUCGGAACAUGCUUUUGUGACACUGAAAAAGGAUGUGGACACUUGUAGCUUAGACCGAUCCGAACUGGAAGCAAAACUCCGGGAGCUAAGUGAGACCAUCAAGUUCAUGAAGUCAGUUUAUGAACAUGAACUGAAAGAGGUCAUAGAAGAGUCUGGGGACAUUUCAGUGAUGGUGAAUAUGUCCCAUUCCUGUCCAUUAAACCUGGAGAGUGUGGUACAGGAGGUGAAGGAACGGUAUGAGAGCAUUGUAGCUCGGAGUCGAGAAGAGGCACAAUCGCUCUCACGGAUUAAGUUACAGCAAGGGGUAAAGCAAGCUGGACGUUAUGAGGUAGACCUGGAGAACAACCGCAUUCAUAUCACACAGCUCAACAGCAAGAUCCAGAGGCUGAGGUCAGAGGUCCUAAGCAUCCAGAACCAGUGCGUACAACUGGAGACACGCGUGUCGGUGGCCAAGACUAAAAGUAAUACCUCUGUCCGAGAUGCCAAUGCAAAGCUUGUGGAAGUACAGGAAGCUCUGCAGAAAGCAAAGCAGGAGGUCGCCCGGCAGCUCCGAGAAUACCAGGAGCUGAUGAACGUCAAACUGUCUCUGGAUAUUGAGAUUAUCACAUAUAGAAAACUGCUGGAAGGAGAAGAGUGCAGGUUAAAGUCACCUACUUUUGUGAAUAUUCACCGUGAAACUGGUAAGGACACAAUCCUAACUGAAUAUUUUUUGCGUUCUUUUUUCUUCCUUUCUUUUCUUUCAUCUUUAAGGGGACUAGUAUCCUGUGUAAAAAAAUAUUGUUUGCAAAUGUUAGAGAGAAUGAAUACCAGGUUUCUGAGGGUAUGCUCCAGCCUUCUAAAAUUGACCUUAAGUCUCAUACUGAUUAUUUAUGACUACUAUAGAGCAAAGGUCUCAACAUGUCACUGAGUAUUUUCUAGGGGGUCAGAAAUAUUUGAUAAGUCCUUUAUAACCAAUUAAAGGGGUAUUUUGGUUAUGUGAAGUUAAAGUUACUAUUAGAUCAGCAAUAAAGUUACUAUUAGAUGUAAUGUUUAAGUUUCUAUUAGAUCAGUGGGGGUACUAUUGCUGGGAACCCCACCUUAUCAUGAGAAUAUCUAGUAGAGCCCUCUGAAACAAAUGGAGCAGCCAGUCGGCCAUGCAUGCAGUCACUCCAGAACUCCUAGAAAUGAAUGGAGUGCCUGCACCUAUGCCUAACCACACACUCUGUUCAUUUUGGCUGCUCCACAGGAUACUGGGUUCCUGUUCUCAUAUUUGGUGGGAUAUCAGUGAUACGACCUAAUAGUUAUUCCCUAUCCUGUGGACACGGGAUACGGAAUACCCCUUUAAGACCACCCUAAUAUGAUAA